CGGCGGCAUGUCAGGGAGCGGCAUGAGCAAGCAGGACUCCGGCGGGGUUGCCGAUGCCGGGGCCGGGGAAUAGCAGCAGCAUCAGCAGCGGCGUCAGCUGUAGCAGAAAGUAAGCUUAGACAAAGAACAGUGGCCGAUAGUCGAGACCAGAAUUGCUCACAAUUUCACAAUGGCGCGUUGGUCUCUGAGGAGAACUCGAGCAGUAAGCAGUGCUCGCUACACCUGUGGUCCAGAAAGGCGCUGCUCAGACGCAAGGACCUCCCCAAGCACCUGCAGUUCAAUCCCUACAUCGAGACUGGAUACCGGCCUCUCCUGUCCGCGUGGGGCUGCCUCAUGAGCCUCUUCUACUUCCAUAACGAAACCAUCAACAUAAUCACCCACGGCGUGCCCAUGCUGUACAUCCUGCUGUGGUGGCCGACGCUGCUGCCCUGGUCUGACAUCACAGUGCCGGUGCUGCCCUGGAUCCAUCUGGUGUCCACGGUCAGCCCCUGGGUCGGCUCCACCAUCUACCACCUGUUUAUGAACCACCGCGCCGGGGAGUCUUGCUAUAAGUCCCUACUACACCUCGACAUGUUUGGGAUCUGGAUUACGCAGAGCUUCGGGGCCCUCACCACAGUGUACGCCUCCGUGUCUUGUCUAAGCAGCCCCUGGAUAUGGAGGGUCCUCGCGAUCUACUGUGCUGUGUCUCUGUGGUGUUUGUAUAAGGCUUCGCACGCCCGUAAUCCCUGGGAGCGGCGGUUCUGCUUCACCCUGCCCUUCCUAAUGCGCGCCGUCUCCGCCACGCUGCGGGUCACGGCCUGGGGGGGCGGCAACCCUCGAGCCUUCAAGCACAUCAUAUUACAGGAUCUACUGGCGGUUCUUGGGGGCUUUGUAGGGGCCUUGCGGGUGCCUGAAAAGUGGGUGCCUGGGCGCCUGGACCUACUGGCCAACUCACACCACAUCAUGCACGUGGUGGUGGUGUACGCCGUGUACCACCUCCACCAAGGCGCCGUGCUGGACCUCGUCUGGCUUUCCGGCAACUCCACCUGCCCCCACCCCACCGUCGCCUCCCCCACACCGACACUCUAAUACACGUACGCACAGCCAUACGCGACAUUGCUAACACGCACACAGGUCACAGGUUAAACACACAUACAUACAUCAACAUUGAUUCAUGAUGGAAACUACAAAUUUAUCACCAUUUUUCUUCCUUAUUUUGAGUUACCAUCCCCUCCUUUCGUUCCUCUUUCUUCCACUUACUCUUCUCUCUCUCUUCCUGCCUUUCUUUCUUCUUAUCUGCGUCCUUGUCUUUCUCUUUUUUUUUCUUUUUUCCAUCUCCCUCCUCUUUGAUCUGCAUUUCAUUUGGACACACACACACACCAGACCCCACUCAUUAGUCAACCACCACCACCACCACCACCACCACUGCGGGUUUCAUUCUAUUCCGUUCGUAUUUUCAUUUAGUACGUGGUUGGUUACAUGAUGACGCGCAGUAUUAAGUGAGAGUUCUUAUAGCUAAAUAUUUCAUUCGUGUAGCUGCUAGUCACGUCACGUCAUGUCAUUCCUAUUAGUAAGCUGACGCCCCGCACUGACCGGCACGUGAGGAAGAAGAUGCAGGAAAGAUGUUGAGUCAUGUCGGGCUGUCACCUCUAGGGACCUUAUUUAGAUUUAGUUCGUGUUUCUGGAUAAAAUUUGACCCUUGUAGCCUGUAACAGUAAACGGUAUUAGUAUUUUUUUUUUAUGUAUUUGCUAUUAUUUUAUUAUUAUUGUUAUCUUAUUUAUUUAUUUUUAGAUUUUUUAGGAGCGUAUUCUCAGACUUUUUCGCACUUUAUUUCAACUAGCCUACUUUCAAAAGGCUUUUGUAAAAUUUGUUAGUGAGAGUUUUUCAAAGAUGAUUUUCAUCAUUCUAGCGUUAAACGGAAAGGUUUUAGAGUUACUGGGAUUUUUAAAGAUGUGUGAUUGAUUCCAGUGAUAAUUUAACAAGAAUUAAUUCUACCUACGUCAAUAAUGAAAGACAAAAAAACAAGAAAAUUUGAUUAAUGAUCUAUAUGGCCUUUUAAAAGUCUUCAUGAGAGCCCAAAAAUUUCAGAAUACGUGGCCUGGAGCAUAGAGCACAAAUUUAUUUCAUUUAGUUAAGUUUUAGCAUUUGAUUUCACAUGUUUUGUUUUAUACUUCAUAGAUUUAUUUGCCCCUUUUUUCGGUGUUUUGAAAGGACAGUUUGUAUAUAUUGAAGGUGGAGAGCGCGAUAUUUUUUUUCUUUUAUGUAUGUUUGGUAGAGUUUAUCCGUGAAUGUGAGGUGCAUAUACGAGUGACCCUUCCUCUCAGAUAUAUUCUUCUCUGAUAAUGCUUUUAUUAUGACGUGUUGAUAGAGUGCGGGGAUGCAUGCUCCGCCUUUGCUGUGAUGAGUUUCCUUUGCAGUUGAUACUCAUGUUAUUAAUCAUCAAACUGUAUACAUAUUACCAGUCAUUAAUUUUAUGUUUGACACUUAAGUACCAAAUGAAUGACAAUAAAAUAUUUUGAUCACUGUCGCCAAAGGCACCAAGGUAAAACUCCUCAGUUAUAUAAUAAGGCGUAUAAUAUAUCACACAAAUAUGGUCACAAUUGAUAAUGAUGAUAAUAAUAGUUUGGACAUGUACGAUAACAUAAUAAUGAAAAUGUAUGAAAUACCGGAGUCGGGACUCGGGAAGACGGGAAGGUUUGUUGUCAAUUCGUCACACUUCACGUCCUGAGCGAUGUGGGUGCGUUUCGCGCGUUUUUUUUUUUUUUUUUUUUUUGUGUGUGUGUGUGUGUGUGUGUGUGUGUUGACCGUGUUUCGCGUGUGUUCCUGUGUUAUCAGUGUGCUGAGGUGCAAGAGGGACAGUGGAGGAGUGAGAGAAAGCUCUUGGAACCUCUGAAUGGACUCAUGGGUUGGUAAGAAAGUAUGAACUGAGUUUUUGGUUUGAGUAACGAGUAGCGAAAACAGGUCUGUGUAUAAAUCAUCUCUCUCUCUCUCUCUCUCUCUCUCUCUGUGCUAUGACACAUAUUGAUAUUCAGGUAACUUUGAAAGAUGCAUAUUAUUCAUUACUUUCUCAGGUUUAUCAAGUGAACUCUAAAAAGUGACUGAGUAUUAAGGCCACGUGUUGCUUUUUUUCCCAACUCUCCCUCUGUUUUAUACACUGACAUGUAGAUCCUCUAAUUGCUUUUAGUUAUCUCUAUAUUAUGUUUUGACAAGAACUUGAGGGGAUUGGGUCAUCUAUAUGUGUGUGUGUGUGUGUGUGUGUGUGUGUGUGUGUAGCGUUUCAUGGGAACAAUGAUAAUCUUCAGUGCAAAAGAGAGGAAAUAUCUGAACGUGUAACCUCAAAUUGUCCUCAGGCGCGUGCUGGUGUGGUGCUCAAGGCAUCACUGUCGGCUGAUGGAGGCAUUCCCAUGUUGAUUUAUGUUCAUCAUUUCACUUACAUACAUCGGAGUCCAUAAGGAUUUGUUUAUCACACGUUAUGAGCUGUGCAGACUAUCAGGGGCAAAGAUAUUCAGGGAUAGGAUUUUGAAUGAUUACUUUGAGUUAUUUAGGUCUGUAUUCUUAAAUAUUUUUGCUUCUUAUCAUAACUAGAGGAAGCUUUUGAGGUUUUCAUAGGAGUUUUCAUUAUUCUAGUGAUAGUUUAACUAAGAUUCUACAUCAGUAAUGGAGAAAACACCCAUAAGGACCUAAAAAACCAUCUCUUGCUUCUGAAAAUAAUAGUAACGGGCUUAGUGUUUAAGAAUACAAGAUUUAAUCUGCAUGAAUUGAUUGGAGCUAGGCUAUCCUUUGGACCACAUUCUAACACUACCAAUGCAAUACUGAUAAGGUUACUGUGGUUCUAUUGAGUGACCAAAGCAGAAUAUAAAUGUAUAUGUAUAUGUAUAUGAUUAUUUGAUAUAUAUAUCAGGUACUGAUUAUUGAACCAAAAGGUGUGCAUUGUUAUGGAUGAAUGAUAGAUUUUCUUGAGUGUUUAUUUAAUUGGUGUUGAUAGUUACUUAUUUGUAGAUUUUUAUUAUUUUUGCUGCCACCAGUGCUGAGUUUUGACAGGUAAGGUAUUGGUGUUAGCGGCGAGUGGAUCAGGGAAUUCAGAGCUACACAAUUGGCUGGAAACACUUGUCACUUUUAAACCCUCAGGCCAUACAUGCAUAAAGUAUUUCCCUUUCUCCAGGACCAAAAGGAUGAUGCAUAGUAGUAGUAUAUUGAUUUCACAGGUGGAAUGGAACCAGGUGUACAUUUUUAUAUAUUUUCUCGGCUUGGUGACCUUGUGUAGGUGUUAAUGCUCAUUUGUAUUGCUCCAGCUGUUUUCCUGGAGGAGUGAGUGGUAGUGUAACACCCAGUGAUGUAUAAGCUUGUACAUGAAGAGGUCUUAUUACAAUACACUGGUAGAUUUUAAACAGUACAUAAAUGGAUUUCACAUAGUACAUUAGAUCUGACACAGCCACAACCUCUGGCUUCCCUGUGUGUGUACAAGUGAGUCAGGCAACUGCUGCUGUGGGAAGAAGAGGCAGAGUAUAUAGAAAUAUGACAUACAUUGAUGACUGACAACUUUGGCUUUACCGUUAGCAUACCAGAGUCAGUCUACCAUCAGGGGAAGAAAAGUUAUGUUACAUGGAAAUAUGACAGGGCGUUGUGACUCUUCCUAAAUAUGACAGUGUUUUGUGACUUUUUUAAUGUGCUUGGUGAGGAAGAACACCACUACCAUCACCGCCACUACUAUUACGGUCACUACUGCACUUAGAUGGCUCUCCGAUGACCUGCUAUUUCUGUUAACCUGUGUGUUUGGUACAUAAUUGUUGGAAUAUACAUGUUAGUGAAUGGUCUUUCUUGACAAUGGUGUUGGGAGAGGCCAUGUGACAUAAGUUAUCUUGAGCUGAAGCACUGAUUUCUCUUAAGACUUAGACAUUUGAGUUUAUGAAAAUGAAGAAUGUUAAGAAUGUUUGAUGUUUAAUCAACAAAGAAAUCAGGUCACAGAACAGAGAACCAUGCAAGAAUACACAUCAAUAGCCAUCUAAAGCUGAAGUAAGGAUAUGAAUGUGUUUAUGUGGCGUACUGAUAUAUUUGAGCUCUUGAAAAUCAAGAAUAUAAGAAGAUUUAAUGUUUUAUCCACAAGUGAUGCAGGUUGUAGGACAGGCUGUGUUACCUCUCCUGUCCAAUACUUAUGAAAAAUAUUACACUGUUUAUUGUCAGUGUAGUUAAGAUGUAUAGAUGUAACUAGAGGUGUUAGAGUCAAAUUAAGAGCGAGGAUAAUAUGGAGCAAAUAACCUCACCUUGUUGUAAGACUAACAAACUCCCAUUUGAUAUAACAAUGGAGCAAGUGUUUGUAGCACCUCUGUUCUUAGGGUAGACAUUAGAGUAGCCAAUUUGACCUGCUUCCCACUAUGCUUUUAUAGUAGACACCUUUUCUUGCUUCAGUAGAGACUAUCAGGAAAAGAACAAAACCAAGAAAUCAGGUCUUCUUUGACUAAGCAAUUGAUCCAGCAAGCAAAAUGUAUAUUCACUAAGGCUAUUAAUACUAUAGGGUUAAAUGAUGGGCAGGCGGGUCACUGUGUGUGUGGUACUGUACCUAGUGCUGUUGCUGCUGUGUGGGGUGUGGCUGUUAGCUUUCUAGGAAGAACUUCAAAGUUUCCUGUGAGAUUUACAGUCUAGUCAGAAAGAUAUUUAGUCCCCCUUUAUCAGUAUUUGCCGUUUUAUUAUUGUACCUUUGAAGGAAACGGAGAAUUGUAUAAUGAAGCAGAUUUCACCACUGUAAGCUACUAUAGUGAGAGUUAUGUACAUAUACCUAUUUCAUCGUUAUACCAUAUAUUUGUACAACAUACAGGCAAGUUCAAAGUAACCAGUUGUAAUACUCUUGCGUGUUUCGUGUUGCUCACCAUGAAGUAAUUAAACACACAUUUCAACUCAGUCAAAAUGGGCUAAAGCACCAGGGAGGCAUCGAAUCCUCCCCAUAUCACAAUGCGUGUCUUGGUGUAGCUUGUUGCACUCAAUAACUGAAGUACCCAGAGGAAUUUGCUGGAACCUGGCAGAAGCAAUCCCUGGCAUGCCACUCACAGUGGGGCCAGAUGAGGGUAGCCUUGGUCUGGAAUGACAGUUGGUGUGAAGUGUUGGCUUUUGUUCAGGGGGUUUGAAAUCUCUCAGCCCAAUCAGCUACUGAGCAGCAGCUGUUGUUAAUAUAACCAUGGUAUAAAUCCUUGUUAUCUUGGCUUUCUGUGGUCACAAUCAUCCAACUGUGUUUCACAGUUCCUCUUUUUUUGUGGCCAUCCUAUCUGGGUAUUGGUAAUUUGACUGAUUAAUCACAUUCCUGAAAAAAAUGUAGGUGGGGGAUGAGUGGAGCCAUUCACAAUGUUGUGUCCAUCAUACUACAAGCUAGGGAGUGGCGCACUCAAAACCAUCAUGUUCCUUUCUCUUGUGGUGUCUCAUUGCCGUUACUCAUAGGACAGAGCAUAGCUAACUUACUCUUGGCAUUGUUAUUAGCAUCAAAAUAUAUAUAGAUGUUUAUGGAAGAAAGAUUAAAUGAGCUCAUCUUUAUAUUAUAAAAAGAAAACAUGGUUGUGACAUAGUAAUGAUGUCAAGUGUGGCUGGGCAAUGGAUGCAAUAUGAGGCAGCUUGAGAGAUGUUAGUCUCUGGUUCAGGUCAGUCAUUUCACCAUCGUUCACAUUGUUUGUCCCAGCAUCAUCCUCUGAGAAGUGCCCAUUAUGAGCAUCAUCUGCACAUUUAUAGAGUUGAGAUGGGUUCAUUGGCUGCUGUCCUUUCAUUCUGUGAUCUUUUGAGAGGAGGAGUUGAUGUGAUGUGUACACACUGGACUUGAAUCAAGAACUUCCUGUGUUCUAAAUCCUUGGUGGCACAGCACCCAAGAUCAGGUGUCACAGAUGUCGUACAGCACCUAUCAUAUAGAUACUCUGGACUUGAAUGAAGGACUUCCUGUGUUCUAAAUCCUUCACGACAACACUCAAGUACAGGCAUCAGAGAUGUUUUAACUGACUUAUUGUUGUUAUCAAGAGUGUUAGCAACUAGAAAACCAGGUGAGCAAACAAUGCAUCCUUGACAGUCACUACCAGCAAAGGUUUUACCAGGUUGAGCACACAGACACACGUCCCAUUAAGGGACCAAGGCAGACCAUGCUGAAAAGGGGAGCUAAUACUGAGUAAUUAUAUUUAUGAACAGUAUUUGGUUGUAUGUGAUAAGCACAGUAGAGGCUUGAGUCAUAUCUAAUGAUUAAGUUUUGUCCUCAGACAAAUAUCUUUUGUUCUGUCACAGCUUAGCUGUAUCUUAUAAAGGAAUCAUAGAUAUAAGAAACUAUCUAUACUGAUUUUGGGAGCAUUUUUCAAAUUCUGUAUGUAUACAUAGUUCACCAAGAUAGCUGUAGCACAUGCCUUCUAAUCUUGUAGGGCCUCUUACCAGGCUCUGAUGGCUAGAUUGAUCAUGAUGUCAGGUGUCUGCAGGUCCUAAAAUAAGGGGACUGGAACUGGACACAUUUACUGGCUUGUGACAACUUUCAUGUUGUACUUUGAGCCGGCACGGAUCUUUGGCAAGACUUGAAGGUGAGGCUUGACUGCCAUGGCUGCCUCUGUGCACUACCUGAUGCUUGGCAGGAGCUUGAGUUGUGUAGGUGACUAAGGCAGUGCAAUAAAUAGAUGGUUAGAUAAACAAAAUAACAAAAAAAAAGGUGUAAAAGCUUUGAGUCUGAGUAAUGUUACUAGUCAUAUAAGUGAUCUCAAGCAAGGAGGAUUAUGGUAAGCAACUAGAUUAGAAUUCACACUAUUACAAACAUGAAGAUUUGUGUAUUGUUUGAAAACACUUGAAUCAUGUUAAAUCAAAGUAUCUUUUAAGAAUAUUAUAUCUUUGCUUGAGGCACCAAAAUUCUUGGCUUUACUGAAGGUAAUGUGAUGGGUCCUUACUUUAAACAGCACCAGGAUCACUCUAGCAGACAUGUGGUAUCAGGUUACUCUUUUAGUGGGAACAAAUUUCCUGACAACUCUUACACUUCAAUAUCCAGUGCUAUUACUCUCAAUGGGACAAGUUUCUUCUCAUGUCUUAUAUUUUUGUGUAUCCAAUGUUUUGUCAUUUGUUCUUUCAUUGUAUCAUCUGUUAAAGUGGUGAUUUGCCAAGUUCAGAAGUGCCCUUUAAAGUGUUGUAGAAAGGCAGGUGACAAGAAGUGCAUGGGGACUGCAGUUCAUUAAAAUUUUAACCCUGGAAGUACAGCAAAGUUAUCAGAUUAGGUAGAAUACAUGGUACUGUGAAGUGAAGUCCGUGCAAGUUCUGAGUUAGCACAAACUUGAGCCCAGUGUGGCUUGCUGACAGCACUCACUGCUCUGUGUUAAGGCAGCAAGUGUCAGUGCUGGCAAAACCUGAAGCUGUUUCCCACAUUAUAGGUAAAGUUUGUCUCCUUCCUGAUGGAGAACCUUGAUAUUUCACACCUGUUAAUCUCUUGGAGCUUUGUUUGCCACUGGUGUCUACUAAACCUGCCAAAUAUGCCUUUGUUUUUUAUAACUGUGCAAGUCUGUAGCUGGGUUUUGGAGACUGUUCUUUUUCCACUUCCCCCAAUUGUAAUACUAAAGUAUAGGAGUUGACUAUCAUCAUAAAUUACAGAGUGCCUGCUUAGUGUAGUAAUUUACAUUUUGACUAUUAGGAAAUAAUGGCAAAGAACACGUCAUUGGCUUUGUACGUGCUCCCAGACCCCUUAAGCUGCAGCCUCCACCACUGCUGGUUUCUUGGGUGAUCAAAUGAGCCACUUGUGUUGCCACUGUUCAUUUCCAUCUGUCGCUUGGAAGAAAAAUCUUGAUGAAAUCAUAUUUGAGGUUGCUUCCACUACUAUUAUUUAACACAGCUGCAUAAUUUGACUAGAAUGUUAGUGACAAUGCCUUGGAGCUCACUAGGUGGCAUGAGUUGCUUUCACCUUGAUGCCCAGUAGUGUGACUGGAAGCAUAAAGAGUUGUUAUCAUCUCUGCCCCUUGUGGCAUAUCCCUUCAGUUUCAUAGCAUACUGUAUUUAUAAUAGCAUUAGCCUUAAAAAGAUCAUCAUAAUUAAAGUUAAGUAUUACAGUAUAUGCAUUGUUACUUUUAAUUAUACAUAUAUGUGCAGGACACAAUAUAGUAUGUAUGGGCACAUUGUCAACACAAAACUACAUUAGUUAGUGCACUUUACCACCACUAGCAAAUGUAUGUUUUCUCUCCCUAAUUCACCAUUGGUAUUGGUGUUCAGUGCUUUGUUAUGCUGUCACAAGCUCACAGCAGUGGGAUUAGUCAGGGAUCCAUAUAAUUUGUUCCACUCCAACAGACUCGUGUUCUUGGUUUGGCUGUCAAAAAUACCCCAACUAUAACUUCAUGUUUUGUUGUGUCACGUGAUAUGUUUAUGUCUUGGCAUUUGGAAUAUGUUUCCUGUUUCCAUUGGCAUCUUAGCACUUGUUUUGUAUAGCAUCAGAAACUGUAGCCAGAGUGUGCUGUCCCUCAACAAAGGUCAAUAAAAAGUUAUCAGAUAAUCACAUUUUCAUUAUCUAAGAGGUUGAAAUAUACAUACUCUUAUGGCUCUUCAGAUUAGAUAUAUGUGUCCCUUUCACUUUCUGAUGACUCAAACACCAUCCUCAAAAAACUGCAAAUGAUCUUGUGUAACAUCAUUCAUAGACAAAUUUUCCGAUGUCAAACUCCACCUUAAAACUAUACAGGCUCUAAUAUCUUAUUAUAUCUGGCUGUAUCACACAACAGUUUACACUUUUAGUAUGCAUAUAUACACAAACAUACAAACUGACUGAUCUUCACACUUGGGUAGAAGCAAAAAAUGUAUUGUAGGCAGUGUAGUGAGUCACCUCAGGUUACUGCACACAACACAAGCCUCUACCCAUACAUUUGUUCACCAAGACAGUGUGCUCAAAUAAAGUUAUACGUCACUCUUUGAAAAAUAGUUUUUGUUAUAUACAGUCCAGAAUGUCUUUGAUAACGGCAGGGAUGUUUAUGGGAGAUGAAUAAGGAAAACUAAAACUUUAAUGAAAUGAAUGGUGUAAAACUGAACACAGGAUUUACAUGAAUGGAUGGUGUUCCUGAAUGGCAAAGGAAGGACAAUAUUCAAGAAAAGUACAUGACAAUUACAUAACAGAGCACUGGUGCAGUUUAUCCAAUUUAUUAAUACACAAAACAAUGAGCUGAAUGAUAAACUGAAUGGGAACUCAUUGUCCACAGUUUCUUUGGACAAAAGUCAACAAGUAAAAUACUGCAAAAUAUUGGUUAUUUCAUCUGAUAGAAGUGUGGAUGUCAAAUAAUUUAAAAAGAAGAAAUAUUUACAAUAAAAUAUAAUACUACUCAUAUCUACACAUUUCCUCAGUCACUAAUGUUGAUGAGGAAUUUGAGACAUCUUGUAACAAGAUUAAUGGAUUGAUUUAUCUAUACAAAGUCACAACUAGUAGUUUAUCUAUAUUUCAUCAAUUGAAACCAGAUUUAACUUAGCCUGACAUGGACCCUGUGUGUGAGUCUUUUACAGUUGUGAUUUAGCCUUUUAAUACAAGUACAAGCUUUACUUAAUAACCUAAAUUUCCUGACCAUGAGAUAACCUGCGGAGAGCUUCAAAUUAUAGCUAAAUUGUUAAUACUUUCUUCAACUAUUGGUAACUGUUGAACAGUUUGACUCUGAAAAUAUCACUGUACCUCUUUGGUUAUCCUGGCUUUGUUCUUAUACAGUAAUAUACAUUAACUGAUCAAUGUUUUAUGAGAGAGAGAGAGAGAGAGAGAGAGAGAGAGAGAGAGAGAGAGAGAGAGAGAGAGAGAGAGAGAGAGAGAGAGAGAGAGAGAGAGAGAGAGAGAGAGAGAGAG